UGAAUGUUUGUAACCUGUGGCUGGUUUCGUAUGCGUAAUUUCAUUGGCUGUUAGUGUUAUCCAAUGACAAUCGCUGUUAUUCAGGUGAUGCGUAUGCUGCACAUGUGAAGAAGAGUAGGUAGGCGACAGAGUCAACGCCAAAAUGUUGCGGAGAGAGGUAAGAUUAAGACGGGAAUAUCUGUACAGGAAGGCGCAAGAGGACAGACUGCGCACCAUUGAGGAGAAGAAACAGAAGCUUAAAACCUCUCUUGAUGAGAAUAAACUAAUUCCAACUGAAGUGCGCAAAGAGGCCUUGCAGUUGCAGAAAUUGUUGGAGUACGAUGAUGAGGGCGGCGAAGGUGUCAGUACUCAUAUGGAUGAUGAGUACAAGUGGGCUGGUGUGGAGGACCCUAAGGUCAUGAUCACAACAUCUAGAGAUCCUAGUUCCAGGCUGAAGAUGUUUGCUAAAGAAGUGAAGCUGCUGUUUCCUGGUGCACAACGCAUGAACAGAGGAAACCAUGAAGUGAAGGCGCUAGUCCAUGCCUGCAAGGCCAACAGUGUCACUGACCUCGUCAUAGUUCACGAGACCAGAGGACAGCCAGACGGACUGGUAGUAUGCCACCUUCCAUUCGGACCAACAGCAUACUUCACUUUAUACAAUGUGGUGAUGAGACAUGACGUCCCAGACAUCGGCACAAUGUCAGAGGCCUACCCGCAUCUCAUCUUUCACAACUUUACCUCACGACUUGGCAGAAGGGUAUCAAAUAUCCUUAAGUACCUGUUCCCAGUACCAAAAGAUGACAGCAGACGUGUGAUUACCUUUGCCAAUGGUGAUGACUAUAUCUCAUUCAGACACCAUACAUAUAAGAAAACAGACCACAAGAAUGUUGUGUUGUCCGAAGUGGGACCCAGAUUUGAAAUGAAGUUGUACAUGAUCAAGCUUGGCACCCUGGAGAAUGAGGCUACAGCAGAUGUUGAAUGGCGUCACCAUGCAUAUGUACGCACUGCCAAGAAGAGGAAGUUUUUAAGCGUGGAGUGAUAGAGACUGUACAUAAAUAAUGGACUUGUGAUCUGUUUUAAUGAGAUGUACCCAAGAUUCAAAAGGGAAAUUCGGCAGAGUGCUCUGUUCAAAGACUCGCUCAGUUCCAAGAGGUGUCGAAAACCUUGAAGACAGUUUCCUCUUAAACCAUGGAAAGGCAACUACUCCUAACUACAAAGAAUUUCCCAAUACAGCGAUCACAGACUUGGGCUUGUUGAUUUUACAGAGUUUAAUGGAUGUCCCUAUGUUGCGAUACACUAUCUACAGUACAGUUAUUUUGGUUUGCCACAAAAAAAAAUGUAAAUUGCAUGUGAACUCUCCCUUUUAGCAUUCGAGUCGCAUUGGUCCUGCAUAUCUGAAAGCUACUCUGUUGUGUACGUCAACUGGACACAUUACCCUUUCUGGAAAAAUCAUUUUUGUAUUUUUGUACAAAUAAUCAUGUGUUUAUUUGUACUGGAAUGAGCUACCCUACUAAACAAUAAAACAUUAUUCAUUCA